AUGUUCUCCAGGGGGGCCUCUGGUUCCCCAACCCUGAGAUUAGAUGUUCUCCAGGGGGCCUCUGGUUCCCCAACCCUGAGACUAGAUGUUCUCCAGGGGGGCCUCUGGUUCCGCGGCCGCACCCACCAGGACCAGGCCUCACACACACACCUGGGUCUUCUCCUCUCCCCGAGGGCCUCACACACAUCUGGGGCCUCUCCCCGAGGGGCCUCACCUGAUCCCAUCACCCCUCAGACUCAGGGCUGCAGUUGGGACAUCUGUCCUGUAGGGGGCGCCUCGCUACACGUCCUGCGCUCCUUCCUCUUCCUCUUACGGGGACUGGAUAGCUCCUUCCUCUUCCUCUUACGGGGACUGGAUAGCUCCUUCCUCUUCCUCUUACGGGGACUGGAUAGCUCCUUCCUCUUCCGGGGACUGGAUAGCUCCUUCCUCUUCCUCUUACGGGGACUGGAUAGCUCCUUCCUCUUCCUCCUACGGGGACUGGAUAGCUCCUUCCUCUUCCUCUUACGGGGACUGGAUAGCUCCUUCCUCUUCCUCCUACGGGGACUGGAUAGCUCCUUCCUCUUCCUCUUACGGGGACUGGAUAGCUCCUUCCUCUUACGGGGACCGGAUAGCUCCUUCCUCUUCCUCUUACGGGGACUGGAUAGCUCCUUCCUCUUACGGGGACUGGAUAGCUCCUUCCUCUUCCUCUUACGGGGACUGGAUAGCUCCUUCCUCUUCCUCCUACGGGGACUGGAUAGCUCCUUCCUCUUCCUCCUACGGGGACUGGAUGGUCUCCAUUUUAAUGUUCAACUUUUUUUUCAAGGCAGCUUUGGUGUACAAAGAACUAUAGAACUCUGGGUAGUGACCAUUCUAACGUUACACUUCCUGCUUGUGGCUUUUUCGACUCUAGGAACUAUGAGUAGCUCCUAGGAACACGCAAUACUUUUGUAGGUGGCUUUCGUGUACAGGACAACACACACACACACACACACAGGAUAAAACCAAGUGUGUGAGCGCAGGUGUGGAGACGGGGCUGUCUGUUUGAAUGGCCCUUUGAUGAACUGUCGGGGUCCAGGGGACUGUUAGAGCGGGGGGGGGGGGGGUCAUAUAGAGCUGGUUGUCUAGUGCAUCUCUUCUUCCUCACCACUGUGGAGCGAGGGGGGGUUGGGGGGGCAAUAGAGCUGUGGAGCGGGGGGGGGGGGGAGAACCAGUGAGGUUUGCACGUCAUGAAAUGAGAUUUUUUUUUUUUUUUUUUUUUUCCUUCCCUGUAUCUUCAUUGUUUAUUUUCUCCCCCCUUUUAAGAGAAUGCAGAAAGAUGUUUAUUUUUUGCUUUUGUUUAAUUUAAUUUUUUUUUACGUUUUAUUUAUGUUUUUUGUUUUAUUGCUUUCAAUGUUUUAUAUUUUAUUUUUGUGCAGCAGAGCACAAAUUUUUUUUAGACUUUAAAAGUUUUAUUUUCCACUAAUGUUCUUUUUAUUUUAAAGAAUUUGUUUUGUUUUCGUUGUUUUAUAGCGGACCUUAUUCUUUAGCAGCGGGGGAAGGGGGGGCCCUCGGCUCGGCUUGGCACGGAACCUUGACAGAAGGGAUCGCCACCCAGACAGACAUAUUUCAGUUUCUGCUUUCUGUUUAAUUCCACCUCAAGUCUGAGAGACGCAUCCUGUGUUUUUCUUUUUCCCUCAACUGUGGUGCAAGUUCCAUGUAAACUUGUGUAUGAAACUUAGCAUUUCUAUUUUACUUCUGUAAUUGGGGAAUUAAAGGUUUUCUACCAAGCAGGAAA